AUGGAGAUUGUCUUAUGCUCUGCACCUACAAUGCCAGGACAGUCUCCACCAACGUUGAUCUUCACGCCCUUCUCGAAGCUGAGUAAUUGCCUUGCAGGAAACAAAGUCAAAGGCGGACGCGUUGGAUUUGUCGUACACCCAUCUGUUGUCAAUCUUGUCGAUUCGCAUGAGAUCCUGUCACCCCUAACCAUCCUUCGACUCCGUCUUAUGCAUCAAAACCAUCACUAUCAUCAUCUGCUAUUCUCCAACUCAGCAGCUGAUGAUGCGGAACUUGGUGCUUUCAAUGAGGAUUUGGAGGAAGUCAUCCGCAAAGAAAACCCCUUUCUUAAGUUCGUCGUGGAUGACUUGCGAAAAUCGGAAGAAGGGAAGCACAGGAUCGGAAUAUUUGGAUCAGGACUCCGGAAUGAGAUACAGUUUUGUUGGGCUCUUAACCGCCGCGCGACUUUUUCAUGGCUACACCAUCUUGAUGAAGAAAGAUCACCGGUGGUGGAUAUGGGAGUCACCCAACGGUACGAAUCAUGCGGAGAUCGACCACAUUCUCACCAACCGAGGGUGGUGCUUAUUGGACGCUCAGUGAUACCAUCUUUCAGCAGUGGCUCAGAUCGCCGCCUCCUUCGGGCAAAAGUGCAAUUCAGCCAAAAGUUGGAAAAGAAGUUCUGCCACCGUUUUGGAGGAAUGAGAGAAGUUGUAUAUGACGGCAUCAGAUUGAAGGAUCUAUGCCUCGCACAAGAAAAAGGAACAACUUUUGAAAGCUGCCAAGGAUCUGCUAAAGAGGAGAAGAACAUUGAGGCUAAAUUCGGCUGCAUCACAUCUCGAGCGACUAUUUGGAAGAAACACAAGGAAGGAGGAGUCUAA